AUGAAUAGAAGAAUACCUAAUGUCGAUCAAUUAGCUUCAAGUCAUCGUAUUGAAACUCUUCAAGAUAUUGUGCGCAACUGUCAACGCAAUGAACAACGUUUGCUGGAACUUGAACGUCACACACGACACGAACGGAAACGCGCUGAACGUCUUCUACGUGAAAAGUCCUACCAAAAACAAGAAGAAUCACAACAGAAAGCUGUAAAAUUUUUUAUAACUCUUGACAAUGACCCAACAACACGAACGAAAACUUCCAAAUCUUGUAAAACAGUCAAGCAAAAUCGAGUACGAUUUGAUUUUCUAACAGAGAACGCAUCUGCAUCGUACAAACCGAAAGUACCAACUGAUAACAUCGACAACUUUGACGAUCUAGCACGUCGAUGUGAAGAUCUUCUUUUACGUUUGCGUAUUCAUACAAAACAUUCAAAAGCACUUCAAUCUCGCGAAUCAUUCAAUCCAUCUACCUAUUCAACCGACGAACGAAUAAAACAAACACUAGACGACAGCAAUGCAUCACACGAAAGUCUUCUAAGUGAAAUUCAACGUCGGAACUAUUUAAGAACCGAAAUUCUACGCUUACGACUUCAACAACAUCUCCUAUUACCUGGCCGACCGAACACCACUCAAUGA